CAGAACACCAUCUCACUCUUCUAUUCGCCACUUGCGGCGCGACUCACAGCAUGCCGGAUGCAGCCGGCUCAAGCGGAGCAUUCCGGCCAUAGUCCUUGGAGUCUUUGGCCGUCGAGAUGGGUGGAGGGGCCAGCAGCUGCAACAAAAAGCUGGUGGAUGCAUCCCGCCGGGGCGUGAUCAAAGAGAUGGAGGCGGCUUUCAAGAAGGGGGCCGAUCCGAACUCCAAGGACGAGCACGGCAACACGGCCCUCAUCUGCGCGGCUCAGAGGGGGCAGGCGAAGGCGUGCGAGCUGCUCAUCCAGAAGAAGGCCGAAGUGGACUUCUUGAACAAGAGCGACAAAACUGCUGUGCACUAUGCCACCAAGGAUGGGGACAAGGAGUACAACGCCACCUUGAAGGUCUUGCUCGACGCAGGCGCCCACGCGGAUAUCUACGACGAGAUCCGGCAGACGCCCUUGUUCUAUACCGCGUGGUUCGGAAACCUGGAGAUGACGACGAUGCUACUGGAGAAGGGGGCCAAGGUGGACAACCAGACCCCGCAAGGUGACACACCCUUGCACGGUGCUGCCAAGAUGGGCAAGUUGGAGAUUUGCAAGCUUCUUGUGGAGAAAGGCGCUGAUACAAAGAAAAAGGACGGGCAGGAUCGCACGGCUUUGGAUUGCGCAGAAUACAUGAAGACCGCCGACUGCGUGGAGUACCUGAAAACCGUGACUUGACGGUUGCAGAGCAUGAAAGCUGCUCCCUCAAGGGGACACGAGCUUCUGACAUAUUUCACAAAAAUCCCAAACCCAACCAAAUUU